CAAACACAACAGGAAGAAUCAAAGCAUUUCGUCCCUCUUUUUUUUUAAGUUUAAACGCGGUUUAGAAAUGUCAGCGGGGUUAAAACAUAAAUGUCGGAUAAGAACAAUGUUAAUUUAAAUUUUUUAUGAAGUUGCAGUUGUUUAUGUGUACAUGUUGAUGUUUUUGUCCCAUUGGAACUCCGCGUGAAAUUAAGUCGACCGAACAGUACACGGAUCAGGGUUUGAAGUCAACAUGGCGUUCGCAGUAGAGAGGACAGAUGAACAUGUGAGGGAAUAUCUGACUUACCGUGGCUUCACCAACACACUGAAACACUUGGACAUCGAGAUUAAAGCGGACAAGGAGAAAGGUUUCAGGGUGGACAAGGUCAUCGAUCAGUUGCUGCAGUUUAUCCACAGCUUUGACUUACUCGGGCUGAAGGAGUACUGGAUUUAUCUGGACAGACGUCUCUUCUCCAGACUGGAGGACAUUUACAAAUCCACAGUGAACAAGCUGAGGACUAGUCUGUACAGAUACUACGUCAUCAACACCGUUCAGAAAGGAAACCUGGAAAAGACACAGGAGUUCUUCCAAAAGCAAGCGUUGGAGCUCCAGGGUCAGCCGGAGUGGAGGGAUUGGUUCAUUCUCCCAUUCAUCCCCUCCCCGGAGCAGAACCCCACCUUUUCGGCGUACUUCUCUCGGCAGUGGGCUGACAUCUUCCUCGUUUCUCUGCACAACUUCCUGUCCGUUCUGUUUCAGUGUAUGCCUCAGCCUGUCCUGUUGAGUUUUGAUGCAGAGGUCCAAAAGAUGAUGAGUCUGGUGGAGGAGAACGAACAGCUGCGGCAGAUUCUUUUUGCUCUCCAGACAGAAAGUCGGGAACAGAGAGAGGGAGAAGAAAUUGUCCACCACAAACUGCCGGCAUACGUCCAGAACAUGGAUCGUCUGGGAGACACUGAGCUGGACUUGGUGUCAAGUCAGCGAGUCGUCACCACUGCCACCACGCCUUCCAGAAACUUCUUUGCGACAUUGCUACCACAGGGCCGACGCACACCUGGAAAAUCACAGCAGGUCUCCUCCGGGUCAUCGCCAAAUCAGGCAGCAGCGAGCAGGAAAGAGCCGACUGGUCAGCCCGCAAAGUCAAAAGAAGCGAUGCAAACGAGGGAGGUGAAGCCUGUCGUCAGUCAGACUUCAGUUAUUGAGCCAGUGAGCUCCCAGUCGGCAGCAACAGUCAGCAACCAGGUGACACAUCCACGACACAAGAAAAUCAAGGAUUACGAGAAAGAGAGGAAGGAGCUCUUCUCCAAACCAUCACCUCAGACGCCAGAGAAGAAGGGCGACGCCGGGGAGGUGGAGCCUCCUGCUGACGCCUGCAGCGACGUUACCGACUCCUCUUUGACCAGCAAGAACGGUGGAGGAGCAGCAGAGGGCGAAAGCCUGUCUGUGGAACAGCCUUUCAUCAAACUGAGUCAGGAGGAGUACGGGGAGCACCAUUCCUCCAUCAUGCACUGCAGAGUCGACUGCUCGGGGCGCAGGAUUGCCAGUUUGGAUGUAGAUGGAGUCAUCAAGGUGUGGAGCUUCAACCCCAUCAUACAGACCAAAGCCACCAUCAUGUCUAAAUCCCCGCUGCUGUCCCUGGAGUGGGCCACCAAACCUGACAGGCUGCUGUUACUGGGCAGCGGCGUUGGAACGGUGCGGCUGUACGACACGGACGCCAAGAAGAAUCUUUAUGAGAUGAACAUCGACGAAACACAUCCACGUAUAUUGUCUUUGGCGUGCAGUCCCAGCGGCUCGUCGUUCGUUUGUUCGGCAGCGGCUGUCACUCGACCCGGAUAUGUUGAGGCCGCUCCUCGACUGCCGCUGCCAGUGUUUGGAAAACUGCUUCUCUGGGACACCAAGACAGUCAAACAGCAGCUCCAGUUUUCUUUAGAGCCUGAUCCGGUCGCCGUCAACUGCACAGCCUUCAAUCACAACGGAAACCUGCUGGUGACCGGAGCUGCUGACGGGGUCAUCCGGCUGUUUGAUAUGCAGCGCUACGAUAGUGCCAUGAGCUGGAGAGCCCAUGAUGGAGAGGUUUACAGUGUAGAGUUCAGUUACGAUGAAAACACUGUGUUCAGCAUCGGAGAAGAUGGAAAGUUCAUACAGUGGAACAUCCACAAGUGUGGGGUGAAGCAGUCAGAGCAGGUUUUACCUAACGACGCCACCGGACCCUUUGUUCUGUCAGGAUAUAGUGGAUACAAACAAGUUCAGGUUCCUCGAGGUCGACUUUUUGCUUUUGACUCUGAAGGGCAACACGUCCUGACCUGCUCCAACUCUGGAGGAAUCAUUUACAGACUGACCAAUGGGGAGCCAGCUCUGGAGAGCGUGCUGUCGCUGGGUGGACACAAAGCCCCGGUGGUGACCGUGGAUUGGUGCUCUGCUGUGGACUGUGGCACCUGUCUGACGGCCUCCAUGGACGGAAAGAUCAAACUGAGCACACUGCUGGCUCAGAAGUGUUGACCGGUCUUGAGGUCAAAGGUUACUGAGGAGAAUCUGAUUUUACCUGUGGACAUUUUAUCAUGUGAACAAUAAAAAAAACGUCGAGUUCUGUCAGAGCAUUUCAAA